UUGAGCGUGAAGGGUCUCACAUUUAGCAUUGAGGUAAUCAACCAAAACUUUGUUUAACUUUUUAGCACCCAAUCCUUCACUAUCUCCCCAGCACCUGGUAUGUACAUGUCUGAUUAAAAAAAAAAAAAAACUCACGUUGUUGACGUAUUUAGGAGAGUGGCAGACGUAUGCUGUAUAUUUAUAUGAAUUGAGUGAGUUGUGCGAAGGUCAGAUAAUACAUUAGGGGGAAGUAGGAGACUGUAAAAAAACCCCUGAGAAGAUCGCUGUCACACAGGAGGACAACAUAACCGAACAGCAGAGGGAUUCCGUCCUAGGCUAGCCAUGCGGUCCCUCCUGAUCCUCCUGCUGAUGGUGCUCCUUCUGGCCCCUGAGUCCUUUGCAGCCCAUCCUGGUGUCAAAGUGGCUUUUACCUCCAAAGGCCUCGACUAUGUGAAAAAUGUAGUUGCCGACAGGGUACAGGAAAAACUUCUCACUGCAAUCCUCCCACCUGUAGAAGGGAGUGUGUCCAUUGGCAUUGGAAAUGUUCACUAUGCUCUUACACAAAUGAAAGUGGUGAAGGUGGAUCUGCCUCAGCCCAGCGUGAGUUUUGUGCAGGACGUGGGGGUGUCUGUGGAGGUCAGUGGGCUCAGCAUAGCCAUAUCAGGGAACUGGAGAACUAGAUUUGGUAUCAUUAAGGAUAGGGGUACCUUCGAAAUGGCUUUGUUUGGUCUUUCCUCCUCCCUGACGGUACAGCUGGGCAAUGACUCCCAAGGACGUGUAUCUGUGGACUGCCUGUCUUGCAGCGCUUCAUUGGACAGAGUUGACGUUAGGUUCCAUGGUGGAGCUGGUGCCAUUAUCGAGGCCUUUGUAGAACUGUUUCCUGGAUUAAUCAAAGGACGCAUUGAAGGACGGAUCUGUCCUCUUUUGGAGAAGCAAGUUGGAGACCUUGAAGUCUUAAUGGCAGCCAUGAAAGUCAGAAUUCCUGUUGACAAAGGCAUGGUCUUUGACAUCUCUCUCAUGAACGCUCCACUUGUUUCAACAUCAAACAUGGAAAUGGACUUAAAGGGUGUGUUCUACAGCCAGCAGCACCCUAAGGAGCCUCCGUUUGCGGCCCAGGACUUCCAGCUGCCCCCCAGGCCGGGCUCCAUGAUCAGCGUGGGCAUCUCCCAGUUCACCUACAACACCCUCGGCUAUGCCUACCUCAGUGCGGGCCUCCUGCAGAAAAAUAUCACCGAUGACAUGAUCCCAAAAGUGUCUCCUGUGAGGCUCAACACCAGCUCAUUUGGUGCAUUCGUACCACAGCUGCCCAAGUUAUUCCCCAACAUGUUGAUGGAGCUGCAGGUCUUUGCAGAGGAGGCUCCAGCUGUCUGUUUCCAGAUGGACUCCUUCUCCGUCGCCAUGUCGACCACCAUCAACGCCUACGCCCUCAACUGCUCCCAGCUCCUCCCCCUCUUCACACUCAAGCUGACAACCAAAUUCAAUGGCAAACUAAGCAUUGCUGAUAACAAACUGGUUGGAGUACUGGAGUUUAACAAUUUGACCUUAUCGCUGGUAUCAAGUAAGAUUGGGACAUUCAAGACUCUGUCCCUGGAGACUGUCAUGGCACAGGGGGUGAAGACUUUUCUUCUGCCAACACUGAAUGCCAAACUGAUGGCUGGCUUUCCACUGCCGGUGAAGAAGGGAGUCGAACUAGUGCAACCUGUUUUACAGAUACAGCAGGGUUUCUUGGCUGUAUUUAGUGACAUCAAGAUGACUCAGUACUUUGAAAGCGAGAGAAUGCUUUAAAGAGGAACUAAGAAGGCAUUCAAGAUCCUCGUUCAUAAUUGAAUAAUAAUUAUCCUACAUAUCGUCCACUUGCACGUUCACAAUGUUUUGGUCGUUUCAAAACAUGGAAAUGGAUGGUGUUCCGGAUUUUCUUCUACAUUGAUCCAUUGAUUAUAUCCUGUUUGAUUUGAAGUGUGCAAAAGCAUCCUAUGGUAAAAAAAUAAGUACUAAUGCUAUUUAUAAUCAUCUAUUUCACUGCUAAAGUGGUGAAAAUUGUUUGUGAUGGUGAAAAUUAUUUUAGUCUCCAUUUCACAAGUGCCUAAUCUGAUCCUGCUCUCCACAUAAACCUCCACAUUUUGACUGAUGUUUUUGUAAGGAACGUCAGAUUGUAAUAUGAAAAAUGAUGUGAUGCUUAAAUGUUUUCAACCAAUAAAUAAACUAAACCAUU